ACCUUCUCCUUUUCUUUUAUUGCUUUUGCCUCCUGCCGAAGCUUCCUCCAUCUCUUCAUCUCUUUCUCUCCUUUCCCGUUCUCUUUCCACCUUCCUCUCAUUCCCACCUUGGACCUCUCCUUUUCUCCUCACCACCUUCCUCUCCUCCCUUCUCUGGUUCUCCUCUGUAGCAGUACCUCUCUCUGGAUCUGUGGAUUGUUUUGUGACCCUGUGCCUUAGUGUCCCUUCUCUUCUCACUUUCUUCUGACUCCCCCUCCCGCUUCAGCGUGUGGCAGCCUGACCCUGGGGGAAGGAAGGAUGGUUCCCGAGGGGAGGGUCCUCUCCUCCCUGCUGGGACUUGCAUUGCUCUGGUUCCCUUUGGACUCCCACGCUCGAGCCCGUCCAGAUAUGUUUUGCCUUUUCCAUGGGAAGAGAUAUUCCCCUGGUGAGAGCUGGCACCCCUACUUGGAGCCACAGGGCCUGAUGUACUGCCUGCGCUGUACCUGCUCCAAGAGUGCCCAUGUGAGUUGUUACCGCCUCCACUGCCCACCUGUCCACUGCCCCCAGCCUGUGACUGAGCCACAGCAGUGCUGUCCCAGGUGUGUGGAACCUCAUACUCCCUCUGGACUCCGGGCCCCCCCAAAGUCCUGCCAGCACAAUGGGACCAUGUACCAACAUGGAGAGACCUUCAGUGCCCGUGAGCUGUUCCCCUCCCGCCUGCCCAACCAGUGUGUCCUCUGCAGCUGCACAGAGGGCCAGAUCUACUGCGGCCUCAUAACCUGCCCCGAACCUGGUUGCCCUGCACCCCUCCCGCUUCCUGACUCCUGCUGCCAGACCUGCAAAGAUGGGUCAAGUGAGAAACCAGCUGAAGAGGACACCAUGCAGUCACAUCAUGGGGUGAGGCAUUCUCAGGAUCCAUGCUCCGGUGAUGGUGAUGGUGAUGGUGGGAGAAAGAGAGGCCUGAGCACCCCAGCCCCCACUGGCCAAAGCUCCCCGCUGGCUUUCAUCCCGCGUCACUUCCGGCCAAAAGGGACAGGCAGCACCACAGUCAAGAUUGUCCUGAAGGAGAAACAUAAGAAAGCCUGCGUGCAUGGUGGGAAGACAUACUCUCAUGGGGAGGUGUGGCACCCAGCCUUCCGUUCCUUUGGACCCCUGCCCUGUAUCCUGUGCACCUGUCAGGACGGCCGCCAGGACUGCCAGCGUGUGACCUGCCCUACAGAAUACCCCUGCAAUCACCCUGAGAAAGUGGCUGGGAAAUGCUGCAAGAUUUGCCCAGAAGACAAGGCUGACCCUGGCCACAGUGAGAUCAAUGCCACCAGGUGCCCGAAGGUGCCCAGCCGAGUUGUCGUCCACACAUCAGUGUCCCCAAGCCCAGACAGCCUGCACCGCUUUGCCCUUGAGCAUGAAGCCUCUGACCAAGUGGAGAUCUACCUCUGGAAGCUGGUAAAAGAUGAGGAAACUGGGGCUCAGAGAGGUGAAGUACCUGGCCCAAGGCCACACAGCCAGAAUCUUCCACUUGAUUCAGAUCCAGAAAGUCAGGAAGCAAGACUUCCAGAAAGAGGCACAGAACUUCCGGCUGCUUACCAGCACCCACGAAGGUCACUGGAACGUCUUCCUAGCCCAGACCCCAGAGCUGAAGGUUACGGCCAGUCCAGACAAAGUGACCAAGACCUUAUAACAAAGACCUAAAUAGCUGCAUAUAUGAACUUAUCAUUUUUUGUUAUUAUAUAUAUUAAUAAAUAAGAAGUUGCAUUAC